AAUGUCCUAUAUAUCUUACUUUUCAUUCCUACAUCAUCAUCAUUCAACACCCUCUUUCUUGCUUUUUAGCUUUUUUAUUAACAUUUGCGACACUCCUCACUGUGUCAAUAAUGAACACGACAUUAGUCUAGACAGAAUACAUACAUAUUAUAAAUUUUUGAUGUUAUAUGUCCGAAUAUUUUUUUAUUCGCGCAUUUUAAUCACUUGCGGUAAUGUUAAAAAACACCUGGGAUGCGUGGCAGCGAGGUCAUUUAUCUACAAACAAAUCUCAAAUUCAGUCAAACUUGUAACCUUCCAUUGUGCUUUGAUGACAAAAUUCAUUAUUAAUUCUUCACAAUAA